AUGAACGGAUACAUCCACGGCGAUCCCUUCGAUGAGGGCAUGUUGCCAGUCGGUAACAUUCACCAGAUCUACUACGCCCAAUAUGGUCUGAAGGAUGGCCUCCCUGACGGAGGCCCCGGCGGUGGCACAAGGCGCAGCAAUACCAAGUUCUUUAAUCCGAAAAUCUAUCGCGUUGUGCUCCUGGACCAGCGUGGGACCGGCAACUCGACACCGCCCAGCGAGAUCCGGGAGAACACGACUGACCAUCUUCUCGAAGACAUCGAGACGCUUCGAAAGCACCUGGGGAUUGGUGUCUGGUUUAUGGUCUUCGGCGGCUCCUGGGGCUCGAGUCUAGCCCUGCUCUACGCCCAGGAGCACCCGUACCGUAUGAAGUGUAUUGUUGUCCGGGGCAUCUUCACGUUUAGACUGUCGGAGGUCAGAUUGGCCGUCGGCAGGCAGUUCUUCCCCGACGCACUGGAACGCUUCAUCAAUUAUCUGCCUGAGAACCAACGCUCCGAGGACCCGAGACAUGCUUAUUACAUGUUGCUCACGUCCAAAGACAAAAGCGUCGCCCUUAAGGCCGCAAUUGAGUGGAACCGGUAUGAUUUGACCCUGACCACCUUGAUUCCAAGGCCCAACGCCUUUGCGAGGCUCGCUGAUCCCAAGUGGAACAUGGCGCACGCGCUGAUUUUCGCCCAUUACUUGGAGAACAACUUCUGGCGCGAAGACGGGCAUAUCCUCAAGCCCGAGAACAUGGCCAAGAUUGCGCAUAUCCCCAGUAUCAUUGUUCAGGGGCGCUACGACAUGGUCUGCCCUCCUGUAACUGCCUGGGAACUUCACAGACAGUGGCCACUCUCAGAGUUCCACAUGAUUGGCGACGCUGGACACUCUGCAUCGGAAGAUGGUACUAAAGCCAAGCUGAUUGAAGCUUGUGAUAUGCUUGCUUCGAUUUAA